CCCGCAGCCCAGUCUGCCACCCUCGCUUCGCCCUGCGCCCGGAAGGGGAUCUUGGAACCCCCACCCAGCUGGAUCAGUGGAUGAGACUCAGUCUGCCGGCCCGCCCGCCGGGUGUCAGGCCUUGGUGGGGGCCACAGUGGCGAGGAGGAGGAGGGGGAAAGAGAAGAGGAAGAGGAAGAUGGGGAGUUAACAGCCACUAACUACUGAGCCCAACUCCGCUGGGCCUGGUGGCGCGCUGGUGGCGCUCAGAGCUUUCUCUGUGGCAUCUUCCUCGGCGGGCGGGACCCAUUCUACAGAUGAGGAAAUUAAGGCCCACCCAACUACAAAGAGGGAGAGCUAGAGGCAAAUAGGGUCACUCCAGCUCCAGAGCCUACCGGUCUGGAAGAGAAGAGGCCUCAGGCCCUCCCCUCCAGUCCAGCUUUCAUCCCUGGGUCAGGGGCUUAGAGGAGACAUCUGGGGGUUCCUGGAGUUGGCCUUGGCCUCAGUCCCUGAGGGACCAGAAGGAGGGGACAUAGAGUGAGGAGAGGGCUGCAGCCUGGACCCUGAAGGCCACAGAACUGAGGAAACUUCAUUUGCUCCAUCAAAGGGACUGGGGUGGCCCCUGGCUUGGGUAGGGGCCAGGGAGGAUGGGGGGAAGGGGUGAGCCAGUGGAGUCCUAAAAUGUGGGGGAGGGGUCUGACCAGCUCCCUACACACCGGGCCCACCCCAGCUUGUCCUUGUCGCCAAGGGAAUUGCCGAGGGUGAGGCCCUGUGAGUGAAGGGUGCAGCGUGGGGCCGCUGGACCCUUGGAUCCCCAGACCUGGUUCCCUACAACCCUCCAGCCUUUCAGGGUGCUCAGGGCAGAGAACACAUAUUUCCUCUGAGCACAUAUUGUGCACUGGGACUUCCAGACCCGCAGCCCCAGGGCCGGGCUCCUGCCUGGCUCGGCCACCUGCUGACCACCUGAUCCCAGACCUCAACUCUCCACGUGCAUUGACCCGUCUGUAAAACAGGCCUACGGGGUCCUCUCCCCCCAGGAUUGCCGUUAGGCUUAGAGGACCAUGGGCUCCAUGUUCCGGAGCGAGGAGGUCGUGCUGGUGCAACUCUUCCUGCCCACCUCUGCUGCCUAUACCUGCGUGAGCCAGCUUGGCGAGCUGGGUCUCGUGGAGUUCAGAGACCUCAAUGCCUCGGUGAGCGCCUUCCAGAGACGCUUCGUGGGGGAUGUUCGACGCUGCGAGGAGUUGGAGAAAACCUUCUUGUUCCUGCAGGAGGAGGUGCGGCGGGCCGGGCACGUGCUGCCCCGGCCGGAGGGGAGGCUGCCCGCGCCCCCGCCCCGGGACCUGCUGCGCAUCCAGGAGGAGACGGACCGCCUGGCACAGGAGCUCCGGGACGUGCGGGGCAACCAGCAAUCCCUGCAGGUCCAGCUGCACCAGCUGUGGCUCCACGCUGCCGUGCUGGGCCAGGGCCACGGCCCGCCGUUGGCAGCCACCCACGCCGACGGGCCCUCGGAAAGGAUCCCCCUGCUCCAGCCCCCCGGGGGCCCACACCAGGACCUGAGAGUCAACUUUGUGGCAGGUGCCGUGGAGCCCUCCAAGGCCGCCGCCCUCGAACGCCUGCUCUGGAGGGCCUGUCGUGGCUUCCUUAUCGCCAGCUUCCGGGAGACAGAACAACAGCUAGAGGACCCCGUGACGGGCGAGCCUUCGACGUGGAUGACCUUCCUCAUCUCCUACUGGGGCGAGCAGAUAGGGCAGAAGAUCCGCAAGAUCACGGACUGCUUCCACUGCCACAUCUUUCCUUACGCGGAGCACGAGGAGGGCCGCCUCGGGGCCCUGCAGCAGGUGCAGCAGCAGAGCCACGAGCUGCAGGAGGUCCUGGGGGAGACGGAACGCUUCCUGAGCCAGGUGCUGGCCCGCGUGCAGCAGCUGCUGCCGCCCUGGCAGGUGCAGAUCCGCAAGAUGAAGGCCGUGUACCUGGCCCUCAACCAGUGCAGCGUGAGCGCCACGCACAAGUGCCUCAUCGCCGAGGGCUGGUGUGCCGCGCGCGACCUGCCCACCCUACAGCAGGCGCUGCAGGACAGCUCGAGCGAGGCAGGGGUGAGUGCCGUGGUUCACCGCAUCCCCUGCCGGGACAUGCCCCCCACGCUCAUCCGCACCAACUGCUUCACGGCCAGCUUCCAAGGCAUCGUGGACGCCUACGGCGUGGGCCGCUACCAGGAGGUCAAUCCCGCACCCUACACCAUCAUCACCUUCCCCUUCCUCUUUGCCGUAAUGUUCGGCGACGUGGGCCACGGGCUGCUCAUGUUCCUCUUCGCCUUGGCCAUGGUGCUCACGGAGAACCGGCCGGCCGUGAAGUCGGCGCAGAACGAGAUCUGGCAGACCUUCUUCAGCGGCCGCUACCUGCUCCUGCUCAUGGGCCUGUUCUCCGUCUACACCGGCUUCAUUUACAACGAGUGCUUCAGCCGCGCCACUGCUAUCUUCUCCUCCGGCUGGAGCGUGGCGGCCAUGGCCACCCAGUCAGACUGGAGUGACGCGUUCCUGGCCCAGCACCCGCUGCUCGCCCUGGACCCCAACGUCAGCGGCGUCUUCCUGGGACCCUACCCCUUCGGCAUCGACCCCAUCUGGAGCCUGGCCGUCAACCACCUGAGCUUCCUCAACUCCUUCAAGAUGAAGAUGUCCGUCAUCCUAGGGGUCACCCACAUGACCUUCGGGGUGGUCCUGGGAGUCUUCAACCACGUGCACUUCGGCCAGUGGCACCGGCUGCUCCUAGAGACCCUGCCGGAGCUGGUCUUCCUGCUGGGGCUGUUCGGCUACCUGGUCUUCCUCGUCGUCUACAAGUGGCUGCAAGAUUACGCCGCCAGGGCUGCCUCGGCCCCCAGCAUCCUCAUCCACUUCAUCAACAUGUUCCUCUUCUCCCGCAGCCCCACCAACCAGCCCCUCUUCCACGGGCAGGAAGCGGUGCAGUCAGCACUGGUGAUCCUGGCCCUGGUCAUGGUGCCCGUCCUGCUGCUCGGCACGCCGCUGUUCCUGCGCUGGCGGCACCGCAGCCGCUCGCAGAGGGGGCCCGCUGGCCGACAGCCGGAUGAGGACAAGUCCGAGAUUCUGGACUCCUCCGAUGCAUCCGUGGCCGGCCGGGGCCCUGAUGAGGAGAAAGCGGGGUGCCCGGAGGACGGAGAGGCGGCCGAGUUUGUCCUGUCCGAGGUGUUGAUGCACCAGGCCAUCCACACCAUCGAGUUCUGCCUGGGCUGCAUCUCCAACACGGCCUCUUACCUGCGCCUCUGGGCCUUGAGCUUGGCCCACGCCCAGCUGUCGGAGGUCCUGUGGGCCAUGGUGAUGCGCUCGGGCCUGGGCCUGGGCCGCAAGUUGGGCGUGGCAGCCGUGGCGCUGGUCCCCGUCUUCGCCGCCUUCGCCGCGCUGACCGUGGCUAUCCUGCUGGUGAUGGAGGGGCUCUCGGCCUUCCUGCACGCGCUGCGGCUGCACUGGGUGGAGUUUCAGAACAAGUUCUACUCAGGCACUGGCUACAAGCUGAGCCCCUUCACCUUCGCUUCAGAGGAGGGCUAGUGUCUGUCUGUGGCCGCACCGCGGUCCCUGCCCUUAGCUCCGGAGACAAGAAAUAAAGAUGUAGGACUGGGA